GAUUCCAUUACAGCACAACACAGCAUUGCAUUUCCAGCUUUACUCCUUUCUCUCUCUUCUCAAUUCCCUCGAUCGUCCUCCGCUUUCUCUCUCUAAAAUCUCAGAGGGGGAGAGAGAAUCAUACGGAAGCAGACAAAGGAGGAGGACGAUUGUGCUGUAGGCUCUGCGAUCUGCGAAUCGGAGUGGAAGAGAGAGAUCGGAAAGGAAUCGAUCGGCGAUGGAGGAGGGGCGAUAUGCGGUGUUGAUGUGCGCGGAGGAAUCGGAGUACGUGAGGAAGAGGUACGGAGGGUAUUAUGGAGUGUUUGUGAAAAUGUUGGCGGAGGAGGGGGAGAGAUGGGACGUGUACAGGGUGGCGCGUGGGGAGUACCCGCGGGACGAGGAGGUGAAGCUGUACGACGGAUUUGUAAUCACUGGAAGCUGCAAUGACGCACAUGGAAACGACGCCUGGGUGAGAGAGCUACUUACUUUCCUUAAGAAAUUGGAUUCCAUGAGGAAGAAAGUCCUCGGCGUUUGCUUCGGCCACCAGAUACUUGGUCGAGCAUUAGGAGGGAAGGUGACUCGAUCUCCCACAGGUUGGGACAUCGGUGUCAGAACGGUGACGUUUUCAUCAUCUUCAUCGCUGGCUCUGUCAUCCCUCAAGCUCCCUUCAAGGCUCUCCAUAAUCGAAUGCCAUCGUGAUGAGGUAAGAGAGCUGCCAGCAAAAGCAGAGGUGAUUGCUUGGUCAGAGAAAACAGGAAUAGAGAUGUUCAAGUAUGGAGAUCACAUCAUGGGAAUCCAAGGCCACCCUGAGUACACCAAAGACAUUCUUCUUCACCUCUUGGAUCGACUCAUCCAACACAAUUUCAUUUUGGAAGCGUAUGCGGCCGAGGCGGUGGCGAAACUGGCGUCGCUGGAGCCAGAUAGGGAGGCAUGGAGGAGACUGUGCAUCAGCUUUCUCAAGGGUAGGUUGUGACAAUGCCAUGAGAGAAGAUACUGAGAGUGCGAGAGACGAGACAGGUUUUGCAGGGAAAUUGUUUUGUUUAAGGAAAAAGAAAAUAGUAAUGGGGAGAGAUGAAAGGGUCAGAGAAGAAGUGGGGAGUGAGUCAAUUCAAGGCUUAAUUUGUAAGGGUUGACAGCAUUUUCCUUCAUGAUGAUCAAUUUUAAUUCCACUAUGAGAAAAGUUGUUCUCCUUGUUUAAUGA